AUUUGUCUUUGGUAUUAUCACAUGACCACUUUAUUUUGUCCCCGUGAUCAAGUUUAGAAAAUUCAAAAAUAAUUACGCGCAAUGGCCAAAGUGGAAGUUGAAAUUGACAUUCACGAAAAUUCACUUGAUAACAGUGCAGACAGUGACUUGCUAGGUAUGGUCAAUGAGGGAUCGUUUGGGAGCGCAGAUUGUGAAAGAUCACAUUUAGUUUCACAAGCCUUUCUGGACGCUAACGAAGAGGAUAAUGGUCCUUCAUAUAAUUUUAAAGAUUUGUCUGGAGCAGUAACAUACAAACUUGUGCAAAUGACUGGUGAAGAAAAUCCAAACACCAUGUCUUCCCACUCACCAACACAUGUGAUUCCAAGUGGCGAGUUUUACGUUAUAGGCAACCCUGUUCAAGUUUUUGGAACGACAGCAACACAGAAGAAAGUAAUAAGGAGACAACCGUUACAAAAUAAGGCCAUAACAGCCAAAAAGAGAGAUGACAAAAGAAGGGCAACACAUAACGAGGUGGAGAGGCGCCGAAGGGACAAAAUAAAUAGUUGGAUUACAAAAUUAGCUGCCUUAGUACCUAAUUCAGGUCUUCCUGAUACUGCAAGUAAGGGUGGCAUUCUUGCAAAGGCUUGUGAUCACAUCACUGAACUUACGGAGAGACAAAAGAAAUUGGAAAAACUUGAAGUCGAUAAUGACAAACUUGUAUUAGAAGUGUUAAGGCUCAACCAAGAAUUAGCAGAAUUAAGGAAAGAAAAUUCAUCAAUGCGUUUGCAGUUAGCAGAUAACUGCAUUAUUACGAGUACACCGAACCACCGACCGAAGGGACAGAAGUCUUAGCUUGAAGUAUUUAAAUAUAUAUAGUGUGUAACUGGACUCAAUGUUCAUUGAUGGAAAUUUAAGGUGCUGAGUUAAGCUAAGAGUGCGACAAGAUAUUAUGGAAACAGAAAUAAUUUAUAAAUUGCUAUAACUGUUAUUGUGUAAUUGUUAAAUCUUAUUCCAUGUCAUUUAAUUCUUCACUUUUAUGGUGGAGUGUUUGAUGAAUUUAUGCAAUGUAACAUUCGUACUUGUAAUCUACUUUUAUUUGUGAACAUACUAUUCCCUUUAAAAACAAAUCAAGUUAAUAAAUCGCUAACAAAUAUUUUAGUUUGUUUGUGACUAAUUUUGGCAUAUACCUACUUUUUUUUCGUAUACUCAUAUUUCAUGUGUAUUAUUGAUGUUAUGAGAAGAAAAGUUUAUUAAAUUACGAUAUUAGUGGAAUAUCAGUAAUGGUACAAUAAAUUUUAUAGAAUGAAAUAUGUUAUAUUUAUGUAAAGAUGUUAAAUGUUGACAUGUUGCAUCACAUUUUCCUGGUCAUAAUACCUUAUGAAUUGUUUCAUAAAAUUACUUUUACAUACUAUUGUAAUGGUUAUUUGGACUAAAAUUAUUUUAAAAAAUCAAAUAAAUGUUUUGUUGUGAA